UCUAUAUUUUGAUGGAGUUGUAUUCCGAUGUAUAUCUUUGAAAUACGAGUGUGCACAGUAUUCUCUGAAACCUGCAAAUAAUCUCCGGCGAACUACGGUAUACAUGGUUUGGGGCCUCUUUCCCGCCGAUCCCCUUUCAGGUUAAACUUUUCUUUUACAUUUUUUUCUUUAAGAACUUUCUGGAAUUUUGUCGCAUUUCGUAGACGGUGGGUGCUUAUUUGUUUUACUAGGCGAUUUUGUUACUGCACAAAUCUUGUUUUUUCUUGAUGAUAUAUGUUGCAGAAACUAAAUACCUAAAUAUGUCGUUUGUUUAUGGCAUAUGACUCGGUUACACUUGAAUUAGCUGUAGAAACGAGAGCCAUUGAAGGGGAAGAAAAUUAUUACCUCUUUAGCAAAGGGUCAUAUAAAGUGGGACGAAAAGGAUGCGAUAUAAUCGUUAAUAAGGAUAAAGGAGUUUCGCGGGUCCAUGCAGAAAUAGUUAUUGAUACAAUGGUUUCAAUGGACAAUAUGAACGAGAAACUAGCCGUUAAAUCAUCCAAAAUUAGGAUAAAGGAUUGCUCAAAGUAUGGAACGUUCAUUAAGAAGCCCCAUGGGUCAAAAGAAAAGGUUAACGAACUUCCAAGGAAGGAGACAACAUUGGAUGAUGCUGACCUUGUUUCAUUUGGAACUGGUACUGCUACUUACAGGUUUAGUUAUGUUCCCCUUGUGUUUUUUCCUUGUGGGUUGGAACCUGCCCGAUCAAAAGAACUUCAAGAGAAGCUAUCAUCCAUUGGUGCUUCUAUGAGUAAUAAGUGGAGCCCAAAGUGCACACAUGCUCUUCUUGGUGAUAAUGCAUCAAUGAAUGCUGAUGUAGUUGAUGCUGUAGUGUCUAAAAGACAUUUUGUCAGUUUUAAAUGGAUAGAGUUACUUGCAGAGAAACGUAUUGGCACUGAAAUUCCUAGCUGCAGUUCCUAUGCUCCUACCUUGACAUUGCAAGGGGUCUCUGUAAAAGUUGCUGACCCUGAAUCUCGAGAAAAUUGUUUAAGUGGAUACACUUUUCUGCUGGAGUCGUCAGACAUGUAUAAAGUAAAGGAAAAGUUGCAGCUCUUACUGGAAGCCUUUGGUGCAAAAGUCGUUCCUGUUGAAGAAUUCGUUCCCCAUAGUCAGGGUUUGGAGGACGAUGAAAAUAAUCAUGUUGUGCACGUAAUCUCUGUUGGAGAAGGAAAUGAUUCCGAGUGCUCACAUAAUCUUACUUCUCUACCUAAAGUGAGUGAAAUAAACUUGAUUUGUGCUACUUUAUCCGGGCGCCUGGAUCCUUCUGUUCUUGUAUCACCACCUGUUCUUGUCACAUCUUCAUGCUCCACAGACGAGACAGUGGUAGCUGAUUCCGACCCAGAAGUAGAAAUCACAUCAGUUCAUACAUCUGCUGCAAUCCGCAAAAUAGAAUCUGUUGAAGAUGAAAAAGGGGAGACAUCUGUUAAUAGAGAAUCCAUCCAAUAUGACAAUGAAGUGGAGACGAUUGUUCAUUCAAUAAAUUCAACAAAACCCGAUGAUCAGAUAAAUACAACCACAGAUAACAUCAAUGCAAAGGCAAACGAUGAUCAAGUUACAUGCUUGCAUGACAGAGAUGAUGGAAUCUCCACUCGAGACCGUAAGACUGAUGAUGCUGAAAUUGGGAAUUCAGAUGUAAUUUUCAGUCAAGAUUUGAUCAUCCGAGAUACCAACCUGCUACCUUCUUUGCCUUCUCCAACGAAAAAUCAAGUUGUGAACUUUAAACGCUUCAAAAAGAUGGAGACUGAAUCAGGAAACAGUUUCUACAAUCUUGUUCCUUUUUCUAAGCAUCCAUACAAAGGCUCUGAAUAUGAGAAUGAGGGAGUAGCCGAGUCUCUAAAGGAAGAAAAGAAACGUAAGCAGAGAGAGGCUGUUGCAGAAGAUCUAUUUAACAAUGCCAAGGCAAAGCAACGCGGAGCAGCUGGUUUUCUCAAGGGACUUUUUACUUGAAGAUGAUGCAGGUAAAACUUUUGACACAUCCACAUUGUACGACAAAAUUAUGAUUUGUAGGAGUAUUUUAACCAUGGGUAUAGGGUAUAUUUUCUUCUCAAUAGCCAUGAGUGCUUGUGCCAGUUUUUACGCACCUCAACUAAUCUAACGGGCCUGAAGUUAACAGUUAAACAAACUUCCAUUGGACCCUAUACUGGGGAGCAAACUGAAUUUCUUACAGGUUAGCUACCCAUAAGGGUUUGCCAUGGGUACAUCUUGCGUUGUGGAUCAAAUGAUUUGCAUCUAGAAAAUACUGAAAGAAACAAUAACUGCUUUUCUUUUUCGCAUCUUCGUUGUUUAGAAACAAAGCGUAUGAUUAUUGGAAGUGCUAAAACAUCUCGUAAGAUAAGCAAGAUUCACCUUAUAGAUAUGGAUUCGGAAUUUUUUAGCAUAAUAUAAAAUAAAAUAUAUAUUUUAGUUACUAAAACAAUACAAAAUAUUUAAAAAUUAAUUCCAAUUUUUGGAAAGGUGUGGGAGGUUAUGUCUAGACUAGUCCAGACAAACUGUGACUAGUCCUAAUAAAUUCAGUGGACACAAUUGUUGUAGAUAUCUUAAAUCGAACCCAUGACAAAUGGGAUAUUCCACUAUAUCCCUCUGGACUUUAACCACUAUGUCACGACUCUUGUGGUUCAAUUUUAGUUUUUUACAGUUAGGGUUUUUUGUCCACUAUUGUUAAUCGUUAAAACUCAAAUUUAACCUUGUAAUGAUACAUGGUCUAGAAUAAACCAAUAUGUGAUGUUAC